UCCUGCUCCUUCAUAAGAAGCUAAUGUUGGAUUUAAAGACAGCAGUUUUGAACAACAAUGGCAACACUAACAAAUAAAGGAAUACCUUUAAGCUCAAUCAGUCCACGGUACCUGCACACAAACUCCACUAGCCACACCUGGCCCUUCAGUGCUAUAGCAGAACUGAUCGACAAUGCUUAUGACCCAGAUGUCAGUGCAAAACAAUUCUGGAUUGAUAAAACAACUAUCAAAGACCAGGACUGCCUCAUCUUCAUGGAUAAUGGAAAAGGCAUGGACUGUGACAAGAUGCACAAAAUGCUCAGUUUUGGCUUCAGUGAUAAGCAGACAGUAAAAGGCCAUGUUCCAGUGGGUCUUUAUGGUAACGGUUUUAAGUCGGGCUCCAUGCGCUUGGGGAAGGACGCCAUCGUGUUCUCAAAGAAAGACGACACCAUGUGUGUGGGUCUCCUGUCACAGACUUACCUCAAGAAGAUAAAAGCACAAAAUGUCCUAGUGCCUAUUGCCAUGUUCACCAACGCCGGACAGACUGUCAGUGCUUCACCGGAGCAAGCAGCAUGUCUUCAUGAUAUCCUGACACAUUCUCUGUUUAACACCAAGGAAGAACUGCUGUCUGAGUUCAGUGUCAUUGACGGGUUGUGCAACAAAUCAAGUGGAACCCGCAUCAUCAUCUGGAAUCUACGCAGAACACCUUCAGGAGAAUUAGAAUUUGACUUCAAGCAGGACCGCUACGACAUCCGGAUCCCUAUUGACGUGCACGAGAGCACCAGGGAGCCAAAAAAGCAACGGCUGGAGAGUCGUAUGGAAGUGCCUGAGAGUGAAUAUUCACUGCGGGCAUACUGCAGUGUCCUGUACCUUAAGCCGAAAAUGCAGAUCAUCAUCCAAGGGCAGAAGGUGGAAACGCAGUAUGUCACUAAAAAUCUAGCAAAUGUCUUAAAGGACACAUACAAACCUGUAUGUCUUAAAAAGAAAAUUACAAUCACCUUUGGCUACAACACAAAGACCAAGGAGCACUACGGCAUGAUGAUAUACCACAAAAACCGCCUCAUCAAAGCCUAUGAGCGUGUCGCCUGCCAGCGCAAGGCUAACAGCACAGGAGUGGGAGUUAUCGGGGUGAUAGAGUGCAAUUACCUCACACCAACUCACAACAAGCAGGAGUUUGACAAUACAGAGGAGUACAGGAAAACCAUGCAGAAUGUAGGUAAUAAACUUGAGGAAUAUUGGAAGGAAGUCCAAUAUCGAUACGAAAACGGCACUAAAGCUUUUGAGGAUGUUGUUAAGCGGCCAGAUCAGAACUGGGUUCAAUGUGAUGAUUGUCUCAAGUGGCGGAAACUUCCGGAUUGCAUUGAUAAUAAAGUUCUCCCUAAAAAAUGGUUCUGCCACAUGAACCUCGACCCACAGUUCAGGAGUUGUACAGUUGAAGAAGAACCUGAGGAUUCUGAUGAAGAACAACCUGGAUACCAGAAAAUGUACAAACAGCAUGAGAAAAAGUUGCAGGAGGAGAGGAACAGACAGCAGAUGGAAGCUGAGCAGAGGACUGCAGCUUUGAAUGAGCAGGACACUGCUUUGUUGAGGAACGAGCAGGAAAUUAUACACCAGCUCCGACACAGCUGUCCGUCAACACCCAGGUCAUCCAUCCAAGCAACACCCAGCUCCACCCUUAUUCCUCUGUCUCCCACAAGUAUGGGCUCCAGGCCUUCUGAUGAUACGCAGGACAUUUCUGUCUCCACUACUCCUACGAAGAAGAAGAGAACCCUGAGCCAGAGUCAGGAGAACAUGGAGAAGAAGAAAGCCAGACGAAACUAUUUUGACAACAUACCAGUUAGUCUGUCAACAUCCACAGCCUCACCUGAGGCUUUUUGUUUAAGCCAUGAUAGCCAUGAUAAUAAAGCAGAAAGGAAAGACAUUAAAACAGCACAGAAUGAUGACAUGAUUGAAAAGAGCACAGUGAAGAAGGAGCAGAGCGAUCAAAUCACACAGGCCAGCUCUGUGGACCAUGAAAUUCAGUACCUGCAGGCCAAGGAGGAGAUAAAGCAGCUCCGACAUAAGGUGGAUCAUCUAGAAGAUGAGAAGUGCAAUUUGUUGACCUGCUCUGAGAUCCUUAAGAAAGAUUUAGAGGAAAUAAAGAAAGAGCGUGAAAAGCUGAAGAUAAGUGUAGAAGAUCGAGGGGUUCAGACAGAUUUUCCUAUUUCCUCACAUGAAGAAAGUGCAGCAGCUUCAGAAGAAGCCUCCAACCCAGGAAGAGUGAGAGACUCACACUUUGGUACUCAGCAGAAUGAGACACAGGACAGGCCAGAGAGUGGACAAGAAAACAAUAACACACAGUUAUUCAGAUUAAGACUACUCAGACAAACAGUGGGGCGUCUCCUGGUCAUCUUCGUUCCUGCACUGGACCUUGAGCAAGUAAACUACGAUUGUGAUGUCAUUGAUGAGAUUCUCACUCAGGUUGUCGAUGACAUCUCCUCUACAGAGGCAGCCUCUACAUAGAGACAGUGGUGACCAGAAGAGUGAAAAUGUUUAGGAAUCAUUUGCUUGGAUAAUGCAAAAUGAACUACAAACAAGUCCUUAAUAGGCUACAAGCAAGUCCUUAAUAUACAUACUGUUUUGAUUUUUUCUUGAUUAGACAUUAGUGCUUGGGUAGCAAGAAAAACUGAAUGUGGUUUAAGGAGCUAAAUUUGUUUUGUUUUUUUUUCCUGUAUUAAAAAUGAAACACUUUACAUAUUUUAUAUCUAUUACAUAAUAAUGGAAAACUAUGUUUUUAGUUGGUUGCAACAUAUUCAGCUGAUGUGUAGGCUUUUAGGGAUCCAUUUUUUCUAUUUCCAUUUUUUAAAUCAACAAUUGAUAUUCAUUUCUAUGCUUUAUAUUAUAUUACUGCUGUCAUCAUUCAAUUCUGGGCCACACUGAUGCUAUAUAAUUAGCUAUACAGUUAGCUCGUUGCAUGAUGCAAAGUAUUGUACAUAUUAAGACCCUGAUUUACUAAGAACCCAAAUAAAGAGCAUUAAUUUGUGUGCACACAUGUCAUUUACAAAGGAAAACUGUUUUUAUGCUAUUUCUCUUGCAGUCCAGAGUCCAGAGACACGGGGUAAAAAUAGAGCACCAUUAAUUAUACACCCAAAAAAUGUAUUCAUUAUUCUUACUUAAUUUAACUGAAGAAAGUUUUUACACACAAUUUAAUUUAGCUCAUUUAAAAUAAAUCAGUUUAGUUGGGUCAACACAAUUUAGUUGGUUUAGGUCAAAUUAAUUUACUCUGGUAUGUUUAUUUAACUUUAUUACAUUUCGCUAACUAAAUUUUCUUAUGUUGGUCCAACUUAAUUUUUGUAUGAAUUUAUUGAGGUUUAAUUAAUUUUCUUAUGUUUAAACAAGCAGUUUCAUUCAUCAUUAUACACAAUGUAUAUAAUGAACAAAUAAUAGACUGGUGUCAGUACUGAUAUUAGUAUAGAUCAAUGAGUGGCCACAGCCUAAACACAAACGCCACUCUUCAGCACAAUGGUAACCACAAGAUUCCAAAACAUUACAGAAACUCCUUCAAAUGUCCAACAUAACUGAAAAUUAAACACAAACAUGUCUUUCCCUUUGCUAAAAAAAACAACAACAUAGAAUAACACUUAAUCCCUAUAUUUACUCUCCUAAUGCAUUCCCUUGCAAAACAGAGUUUGCUGGGAACUACAGAUCAACUGCCCACUUAGUUAUAACAAAAAUGAUUUAUGUAGUUUUAAAACAAAUGAAUUAAGUAAACUUCAGUUUUAAAUAUAUUAGGUGGAUUGAACACAAUGAAAUUAAGUUGUGACCAAAUGUUCAAAAAUCGCGGAAAAAGGAAAAAAAAAUUUUUUUGAGUCUACAAAGGUGUCUACUCAUUCACAAAAUCACCCACUCCUUUCUCAAAGACUCUCCCCUCCAUUCUCAAAACCCUGCUAAGUCACGCCUUUACUGCCACAAUAUUAUAUAUACAACAGUAAAUGUUCUACUCCUACUUAUGGUGGUUUUAAAGCUGAGAUGGACCAUUUAUUCACAAUGCAAGACUGAUGUACAAAAAGAAAAUAAUAACUUCUGUUUAUUUGAUAUUUUGUACAUGUUUGAAGUGUAAUAAAAAGGCAGAAAUGUUUCAUAUGUAUAACAGUUUCCUUGCAUGUGACCUGGAGAUGCAACCACUCAACCUCAUUGUUUCAUCUUUUGUUUUCUCAUCAUUAAUCCUCAGCAUGUUUCUUCAUGAUGUUGGACUCAUUAAAUCUGGAUGUAAUUGGUCCUAUAGCUGGUAUUUAUGAAAUAAUGAAAAUGUUUUGUGUCCUGUGUAAAUCAUAUACUAUGUGUGCAAAUAAGAUAGAAAAUGAAAUAAAACUUAAAAAAAAAAAAAUCCUAUUCAUAAUCUAAAAUACCUAAUCCAGAUGUUCAGAAUUUUAAGGAGCAAUAUAGUUAGAUGUGUUAGGUUAUGGUUGGAUAUGAACUCUGCAAUACCUCUACAUAAGGACAGUUGGGACAUAAUGCCAGCAAUGAAAAACAGAAGGCAUAGGUCUGGUAGGGAAGUCUUCCAUCUACUGUGCAUAGAACUACAUAGACUGGUACCUGGAGUUGUACAUGUUCAAAAUCUGAAAAAUAACCAAUUACUGAAUGUACAAUUAGCAUCCACUCUCGGUUGUAAGCCACAAGAGGAGGAGUUUCCCCAAGUCAAUAUUUUGUUUCAGCACUUGUGAUAAACAUCUGCAUAAUAGACGGCAGGACUAACAAGAAGAGGAAUACCUUUAAGCUUAGUAAGUAUUUACAUGC